CCGUGAUGUGAGAUUUAUUUAUUGAAAUAUAUUUUCUGGAAUGAAGUAGACAAGCAACAUAGAAAAGGUGUAAUUAUUUAUAAGUAAUGACAGUUCAUUUACCUUUAGACACAUAUUUGUUCUUUGUGAUUAACCCAAAAAGUCUUUGGUGGAAGCAAAGAAACAAAUACCUGUAUUUGUAUAGACCUAAAGUCUGCUGGAGGAUAAAUCAUGUCAUUCACCUGAGAGUGUUUCAUACAAGCGAGCAUCGGUAUAAAUGGGCCAGAAGCAGAACAUUUUGGUAUAACAAAUACAUUUACAGCCAUGACUUUUUAUACUACAGAGUUUCUAAACUUUUAACUUCUUCUUCCAAAGGACUUACCAAAGUGAACAAUCGCAUGUCACGAAUUAAGAAUACUAUAGAAUCUGUUUCAAAGGCAGUGUCUGGCACGCACAGUGAACUGGUUUCACGGAUAGCUCGAUUAAAGUCACACUCGGGUACUCUGGGAAAAGCAAGUAAAAGUAAUGCAGAUGCAAAUAACAUCAAUGCAAAUCUAGAAAAUGAUAAACAAGUCGCAGAUGCCAGAACUCAGGAGGAUUGCAACAGGGGCCCAGCUGCAAAGAAAUCCACUUGUGCAAAUGAGUCUAUGUUAGUAAGUUCAAGUGGCACUUACCAAGAUACUCCAGAAGAUUCAGCGUCUACUAAAACCCACCUUUUUCAUGUAAGUUACUUUUCUACAAAUUUUGGAGAGACUUACAACUUCGUAGCUGAUCAUAUCAACUGGUACUUUAAAAAUAAUUCUGUUAUGGAUCAAGAGAAAAAAAGGAAUGCUUUGUUACAGGACUCUAAAAGUGAAGAGAGGAAUAAGCUUGAUUCAUCAGGAGAUACUGUAAUGAGUGAAGAAAAGACAGUGGAUUCGUCAGCUACUUUAGCUCCUCAAGCAGAGACUCUGGGUGCGGAAAAAACAAAUACUGCUCUUCCGGUUUCCACUAAAAAAAGUAUUGCAAACUUUCUUUCAUAUCCCAGUAACAGUGUACAAGCUUUUGUAGACAGUUACAUUGGUGGGUUGGUUCCCAAGUUAAGAUCCGAUACAAAAGUUGUUUCCCAAGAAAAGAGCAAACAACCAGAACAAGAAGUGCCUGAGAAAGAUGAAGAGGACAAAGCAAAAGAGGCUAAGACUGCAGAAGAGAGGGAAAAGCAUCUGUCUCUUCAGAGAGAAAAGAUUAUUGCAAGAGUGAGUAUUGAUAACAGGACUCGAGCUUUAGUUCAAGCCCUACGAAGAUCCUCUAAUCGAAGAGUCUGUAUCAGCAGGGUUGAAGAACUGACCUAUCAUCUUCUAGAAUUUCCAGAGAGCAGAGGAGUUGCAAUUAAGGAAAAAUUAAUCCCAUGCCUACUUCGACUGAGACAGGCAAAUGACGAAAGUCUUCAGGCUGCUGUUAGAGAGACUUUAGCUGUAAUUGGAUAUACAGACCCUGUGAAAGGCUGGGGAAUUCGAGUCCUCGCUAUUGAUGGAGGAGGAACAAGGGGUUUAGUUGCACUUCAGACUCUACGGAAACUAGAACAACUAACUGGAAAGCCGGUUCAUCAACUUUUUGACUACAUUUGUGGUGUAAGCACAGGAGCUAUAUUAGCUUUUAUGUUGGGGUUGUUCCAUAUCCCUCUCGAUGAUUGUGAAGAACUGUAUCGCAAGUUAGGAUCAGAUGUUUUUAAGCAGAAUGUUAUUGUUGGAACAGUGAAAAUGGGUUGGAGCCACGCCUUUUAUGACAGUGAUAUCUGGGAAAAAAUGCUCAAAGAAAAAAUGGGCUCAAAUCUUAUGAUUGAAACUACAAGAAAUUCCAAAUGUCCGAAGGUAGCUGCAGUAAGCACCAUUGUAAACAGAGGAACGCCACUGAAAGCAUUUGUCUUUAGAAACUACAAUCACUUUCCUGGUGUUAAGUCUCAUUAUAUUGGAGGCUGUCAGUAUAAACUGUGGCAGGCCAUUAGAGCAUCAUCUGCUGCACCAGGUUACUUUCAGGAAUAUGUUUUGGGCAACGAUCUUCAUCAGCUUAUUAAGCUCUACCCUGGUUCUGAGCUAGUAAAAAGAAUAAGAGAUGCCACGGCA